AUGGAGGCCAAAACUCGGACUUCUGAAGUCAAAUCUACCACCACUUCUCGCGGCCAAAAGACUCAGACCCUCAUCGUCUACGGAGUAGAUAUUGGUGUGCUUCGCCAAGUGGCUCUCACCCCACUCAGUCCGCUGGCUCAUUUGACUAGUCUAUACCCAGUGGAGUAA